UGUCAAGUCAUCAAUACGAUGACUAACUGCGGCACCAGUCUAUCUUGUAUUUGCGCGUCGUCCAUCGGAACCGAGCUUCAAUCAUGCAUGAAUUGCAUUGUUGCGGCUGAACCAUCUGACUCGACAGAAGCUAAUUCCGCCAUCGAAAGCUGGAACGAAGCUUGCGGUGGAUCUCUCACUCUUACUAGCGGAAGCACUUCCACUUCGACAACCACUUCUAAGGGCUCUACUGCUACUACUACCAGCAGCGGCAGCAGCAGCCCUUUUACUAGCAAGACUGGCGAUGCUGUGGGCAUGAAGACGGCUAUCGGGGCACUUGGCUUGGUCGUUGCCAUUGCUUGCGGUAUCAUGAUCCUCUGAACAUGAGUGCCAACCUUAGUCUUUUAGGGUCACCUUUUCCUGACGCAUCAGCAUAACCAUACCCUCCCUUCUUAAUACCAUAUAAGUAUACCUCUUGUUACCGAACACAUCAACCAGUAAAAAAUUUCGCCGCUAUGGCAUGGUGCUCGUUGAUCAGUGGUAUCGCUGAAACAGGAAUAAUGAGUCCAGAAGAGGAUCGUGCGAAGUGAGACAAUCAAAUACGAG